GUAAAACCGCAAACAGGAAGUGAACUCACGGAGAAAUGGCGGUGUUUUCGAUGUUGUCAGGCUGAAGAAGACGAAUUCGACGCUGAGAUGACUGAAAGUGGAGCUCAGCUGUUUGCUCGUCUGGAGGCGCGGCGUUGUCUGAAGGACAUCGAGCCUCGCCUGUUUCCUGAAGAUGGAGGACCAAACCAUGGUGAGGUGGUGGAGCUGUACGGGCUGGAGGGAACAGGUAAGACCGAGCUGCUCUACCACCUGCUGUGUCGCUGCGUGUUGCCGAAGGCGAGUGGCGGUCUGGAGGUGGACGUCGUGUUUGUGGACACCGACUACAGCCUGGACAUGUUACGCCUCGUCAGUAUCCUGGACAACAGGCUGAACACAGCUCGCUCCACCGGCUCGCCAUCGGCCACUUUAGACGAGGUGGUGUUACGUUCGUGUCUGUCUCGUCUCCUGGUCGUCCACUGCUCCUCCUCCUCCCAGCUCCUCCUCACCCUCCACUUCCUGGAGACCACCUUGACAUCAAGACCGGGCCUGGCGCUCCUCCUCAUCGACAGCAUCUCCGCCUUCUAUUGGCUGGACCGCAGUGAGGGCGGGGCCAGCUUUGCCAGGCAGGAAGAGAGGCUCAGCAAGUGUGCAGAACUGCUGAGUCGACUGCUGAGGGAUUACAGAAUAACCAUCUUCGCCACGUGCCACGCCAUCAGGAGGAGCCAGAGCGGGUCGUCUGCUGCCUCCUCCGACUGCGACCGGCCCUUCCUGUGUCGCCCCUGGCAGCGACUGGUGACUCACCGGCUGUUGUGCUCCCGGCAAGAAGUUCUUGACAACAUAGCUGCCACCGCAGGAGGAAGCAAGGAAGCGAGGGCACGGCAGGUCUUUACCGUCCAGGCCUCCUCGUCUUCCUCCUCCAAAACAAAGACCUGUAAGAUCAGCUCCUUCUGUGUGACAGAUGGAGGAGUGGAGUUUUUCUAAACGGAGACUUGCAGUAAAAGUGACUCUAGGUGGCGUUUCUCAGACAGGAAGUGGUUGGUUUGAUCCGUUUGGAUGAAGCACUUUGUUAAAGAACUGUCUAACUGUGUAAAUGUUUUUUCAAAGUUAAAUAAAGCUUGCUGUGAACCAG